CAGAUGUGUGAUGGAGAGAGACCCCAUCAUACUGCAGUUCGCUUUAUUACGCAGUGGAGGAGAUGAGCGCUCGGAUAGCGAGAUCCAACCCGGCCAUGAAACUGAUCGUGCUCUUCACAGCUUCUCUUUCCUGGGCCUUCCAGCAACAGGAAGUUCUACCUAAGUACCAGCACCGUGACCCGGUGACGUCCGAAUUCCUCCUGUGCGACCAGUGCCCACCCGGCACGGCCGUGAGGCGACACUGCACCGCCGACACGCCCACAGAGUGCCAACCCUGUCCCGAGAGGCACUUUGCUGAGAACUGGCACUGGGGGGAUACGUGUCAAUACUGCACCUCGGUGUGUAAGGAGAGGCAGCUCGUGAGGCAGCAGUGCAACAGCACCCAUGACCAGAUGUGUUCGUGUGCCCCAGGUUUCCACCUAGUGGUGGAGUUCUGCAUCACACACAGUACCUGUCCACCUGGCUACGGAGUGACAGCUUUAGGUACACCAGUGAGUGACACCGCGUGUGAGCCCUGUCCGCCUGGUCAUUUCUCCGCCGGCAGCUCGGCCACUGAGACGUGUCAGCGCCACAGAAACUGCUCGGACUUGGGCCUGAAGACGCUGAGGUGGGGCACGUCCACCUCAGACAGCCUCUGCGGCAGCCAGGACAAGGCGGCAACACUGGAGUGCUCCCAGCAUCACACUCUGUGCCACACUGAUGUGACUCUGUGUGAGGAGGCGGUGUUCCAGUCUCUCGCCUCGCUGCAGCUGUCCUCAGUGCCCCUGGAGCGGCUGUUGGAGAGUCUCCCGGGCAGGAGGGUGGAUCGUAAGAGCCUGGAGAGGCUGAAGAAGGCCUGCUCCCCUCACCAGCAGGUCCUCCACCUGCUGCGACUGUGGAGGGAGCAGAACAAGGACCAGGACAAGCUGUACGGCAUCAUACGAGGUGUGAACCACUGUGAGAGGAAGGUCUCUCGCUGCAACAGCCUGAAGAACCUGACCCUGGACGACCUCCUGCAGGUCACCAACAGCCUGCCGGGGGUGAGGGUUCAGCAGGAGGACGUCCGAGCUGUGGUCUCGACCUGCCGGCCCAGGCAGUACAUCCUGCAGCUUCUUCACCUUUGGAAGACGGCAAACUACGACCUCGAUCUAGCCAAAGGCCUGUCUCACAGUCUGAGGGUGCUGCGUAGCCAGGAGACGCCGCGCUACCUGCUGAAGGGCCUGAAGAAGAUCAGCCGCAUCAUAGGAACCACCUCAGCGCACAAGUUGUAUGAGAAGAUGUUUGUCAGUAUGCUGCAGGACGAGUUGUGUUUAAAGGGCCAUAAGCCUUUAAAUGAAUAAGGAAGCAGGUACAAACAGGAAUAUAUGUAGAAACACACAAACACACACACACAAACACACACACACACACACACACACACACUCACUGAACCUUGGGCAUAAAGGUAUGUGAAAGAGUAACAGACAUGGGUCAGAUGAUAUUUUCAGGUCUUCAAGAUAUCACCAAAUGAUAUCAAGCUAUACACAGAGUACCAAGAGGUACUUCGUCAAAAAAGAAAAGUGGAAAGAUAAACUCUUCUUCCUGUCACUGGUGUUCUAUCAAAUUAUUAUUGAUUAUGUGAGGUGACACAUGAUGAUAAAAACUACAGUAAAAAGUAAAAACUUCCAUCUAUAUAAAGUCUCGGUCUGCAGUUAUAAAUUGAAUUGAAGAAUUGAUACAAUAUAGAAAACCUAUUUGACACCUGUGUUUACUCAAACCAGACUAAAUCAAUCCU